CUUUCUUCGUUGCCCCGCCCACUCUAGUACAACAGCACAUGGGGCCCUUUAGACUAUCAACAACAGAAGGGGCGCCUCAGACGCGGCGUGCCUGUGACCGAGUUGUCAUAGGCUGUAGCAUCCGCCCUUUUUAUCUUUAUUAACUUUUUAAAUCAAAAGUGACCACCAAUUAAGUUGUUUUUAGACACUUUUGUUUGUUUUUUAAAAGCCUAUAGCAACUAUGCAUUCUUUUGAACCGUAGUGAUGUGCUUAUUUGUAUCUUAAAACUAUAAUAUAUAGUGGACGAUGAGUGCUGGAACAUUGGUUGUGACAGAGAGGCGACGACGCCCCAUCCGCCGUAACCUCUGACCUCAUCAGAGGCCCUCUGGAAGUGCAAUUUUAGGACUGUUGAAUUAAGAGGUCAUCAUAUAGGCCUAGGCCUACUUUUACGUCAUUCAAGAACUAACUCAAGUUAUAGUGAUUCCUCCUUCCUAGACUGACAUUUUCUUGACUCAAAAUAUGGACACCUCCACAUCCUCAGAAGAGCUGGACUCCUCCCUGGAAAUCAUUUCGGAGGACCAGACGCUGCUGACGGCGGGGUCGCCCGCCCCCCACCGCCCCUCCCCCUUCACCCUAAGGUCGCGGUGCUCCAGCGAGCGAUGUCCUCACGGCACCGGUAUCCAAUUCAGGUCCAGAAUUAGUCCGUCACCAAGCAAGCACAAUGACGACAGCUACAUGGAAACCCGAAGUGGGAAUAGGUACCACACUUAUGGCAGUGAAGAGAGGGUGAGACACCGACGGAGACGUCGCUCGGACCAGCACCGCCACAGCGUCACUACAGAUUCCAGCUCAUUCCUGGAGCUAUCCCACGAAAACGGCAGGGCCGGGGGCGGCCACGUACGCGUCCUGCACGAAAACGGGCACGUCCAUCACCACCAGCAUCAGGACACGUCGUACCCGCACGAUGGUAUCCACAACAUCGACCACCAUCACGUGCACGUACUACAACAGGACCAGCAGCGGCAGCAGUUGUUACAGCAACAGACGAGUCUCGUGACUUACCACCUCGGCGGCGGUCGCGUUCAGGAUUACCUCGGCGGGCGCGUUCAGGAACCCCUCCUGAAACAGGCGGAAGUCCGCGUCGAGAGGCUGCACCCGGGGCGCGGCUCCUACCUGAGCGCACUCGACUAUCCUUCUCCCGCCCCCGCGGGCGUGACGAAGGCGGACUUACUCUUCGAGGAGAUGCAGAGGGAGGAAGAAAGGAGGAGGCGCCGGGCGCGAGAGUUGAAGAAGGAGAAAACUGUCACAACCAGCGAGACAACCACUACAAAAGUCCGGAGGAAUAUCCUGGACACCAGCGAUAACGGAGGACCUCAGGUGGGCAUGAACGGAGGCGUCGCAGGAUUGGCAGAAACCGUCAAGAACACAGUCAUCGGGUUCCUCACCCCGCCCAAAGAGAAGGCGAGAGCUUCUUCAGUCGUGGAGUCCUCAGAGUCUGGCUUUGAGGAUGGAAGUGUAUUUGGAGAGAAAACUGGAACUAGUGGGACCAACGAACCCUUCAGACCUGCACGAGAGUUCUUUGACGAGAAUGAUACGAGAGAGCGUCUCAACAGUGGUUACUGCAGUGGCAGUGAUACACCAUCGAGGCUCAGGGAAAGUACCAGGCGUCUGAGUAUCCGGAAACCAUUCAACAAAUACAUUGCAUAUUCAUCAGAUGAAGAGUAUGAAGACUGGCAGGAGCAGCCCAAGUCCGACUACACCUAUAGCGCCUCGAUUACGUACCGGCGACGUGUGACCCCCGACCGGAAAAUCGGGUCCCCGAACAUGUCCCGGCGGACCCUGAAAGGUGGGACCAUCGGCUAUGUCAGGACCUCGGAAUUCUCGGCGGCCGAUGACGCCGCCAGUCACACUUGGGACCUCAGGUCGAGGACUAUACACAAAGCCAUGGAUGCCCUGUCCGAUACGAGUGAUGGAGAGGAAACCCUUGAACAGCAGCAGCAGCAGCAGGAGCUGUUUCAAAAUAGGAACAGGAGAUCCACCAGAAGUCGAAGUAUUGAUGUGCCAAAGAGUAAUGGCUCAGUGAGCAGAACAGUUACCACCACAUCAAUGGAAUAUUCAACCACAAGAACACUUCACCUUGGACUAGAUGUCGAGUCAGAUGUGGACGAUGGCACUGAAUCGGCCGUCCCAGAUAGGGCUACCCCGCUCUUGGGCAGAGGUGGAACACCCUUAGGUCGAGCAAUGACUCCACUCAAAUUAUCUUCGUCGAGGAAAUCCUCGUCGGCAUCGGUGGACGGUGGCAAAGGUUUCAAAAUUGGUGAGGGAACCAUAGCAGAAGAUGUGGAGGAAGAAGAGGAGAAGGAUCAGGAAAAUGCAGUGUGGAGAUGGAGCAGGAAAACGGUCAACACCAUAACGCGAAUCACGACAAUCAUUACUGCCUCGAUAGCGAUGAUGGCAGCCCGUGCUGUCACGGCAUCGUCGUCGUCCAGUGAAAAAAUAGAAAAAGAGGAAAAGUCGUCAUCCAUGUCUACCCUUGAAGUCAUAACCACAAAAUAUCAAGCGUUUUGUGAUCGUCUCAGAAAAAAUCCCAUCCUCCUGUGGAUUCCGUUACUAUUUAUUUUACUUCUCCUGGCUCUUGCAACUUACUGGUGGCUGUUGCAGUCUCAUGGAAAGACAGCUGGUGCUUCUGACCAAACAACAGAGAAUGAUGGACCAUCAUCAUCUUUCCUCUUUCUCUUCUUUGCUCUUGUCCGAGAUCUCACUAUGUCAGUUGUUUCAGGGAUUUCCUCCUUCUUUGCUUACCUUGGGUCAUCUAUAACAACAAAUACAAUGGGUCUGAUUUCUCUUUGUCAAACAGGAGUUACAAAUGGCUUUGAGUCGGUUGUGGCUGGAUUCCUGUGGCUUGGCACAAACACCUUAUCUCUGUUUUCUUGGCUUUGGUCUUGGAUAGUUGUUGCUUUCACUUAUUUGCUGAAGUUGCCUAUUCUUUUAUGGGAAUUAGUAAGUAAUGUAGUUCUAGGUAUUUAUAGCUUCCUGUCAUCAUCUGCCACCUAUUUGUAUGGCUUCAUUCCCUUCAUUUUCUCCAAAGACCCUUCACGCAAUGAAACAAGCAUAGAAAAUAAUACUUUCAGCAUUGUAGCUUGGGUUGCUAACCUGUCACCUGCUGAGCGUCUAAAUGAGGCCUAUGUAACUGUUGUGGCAGGAACUCAGUCCUCUGGAACUCUGCUCUGGAAUGCAUGGAUGUGGCUUGUUUUAGGGUUAGGGGACCUUUUUACAGCUUUAGCAUCCUAUGUUGCGAUUGGCUUGUCGUCUUUGUGGGCAGCUAUCGUGUAUGGUCUGUCAGGAAUUUGGUCAGUUUUGAAAUUCGUUUGGCUAGCUUUGGCCAGCAUUCUCUGGACUGCGGCAACAUUUGUAUCAGCACUAGCACCCAAUACGUCUGCCCUCUACGCCAGUACGGAAAAGAAUAUAGUAAUACAGUCCAGUGCCAAUGUGGCAAAUGUAUCGUACCCCAAAAUUGAAGAAAUUGUCCAGCAAGUUUUGGAGAGUGAGAAACUUAAAAACAUUAUCGCUGCAGCUGUUGCUGAAAACUCUGAAGGAAGAGUUACAGUUGAGGAAGUUUAUGCUGCUGCAAAAUCGGUAGUUGAAAGUGAAUUGGGUGUUGUAAAAGCAGACAUUUCAGCAUUGAAGACUGAGGUUCAUGUUAAUGCUGCUGCUGCAGCAGAACACCACAAGAAGAUUUUACAACUGCAUGAUGAGAAGGCAAAUCUUAUUAAUGAACUCGGAGAGUUAGGGCAGCGCCUGUACAACAUUGAAGGAAAAUUGGAGGCAGUCGAUGCAAAGUCAAUUGAGGACCACCAUGACAUUGAAGAACAGAUCAAACAACUUUUACAACAAAUUAACAAAUUAGAGAUGGAUCACACAAAUCUGGCUGCGGAAGUAAAGACAUGUUGUGACGAUAAGAAAAUACCAGCUAUGUUGGCGGAUAUAUUUGGUCUAACUUUGAAUGGAACAAGUGACACAGGAAAACAGGAUAUUGGUGCCUGGAUGAAGAAUUACUUUGUUGCCAAAGAUGAACUUAAUGUCAAGCUUAAUGAGUUGAUGUCUGCCAUGCAACUCAAGCCAGAUGAUGAUGCCACCCAAGCAACGAUUAGCCAGACAACACAAAUGGUUAUGGGAACUGUCUUGUUGAAACUGCAAGAGGAAAUGAGUAAACAGCAACAGCAGUUCUCUGUGGAAACCCAGCAGGCAAUCCAAGGUGAAGUCAGUUCACAAGUGCAGGCAGCUGCUGAGAUUCUGAGAGCGAAAGUGACGGAAGACCUUGCCCAAGAAGUAGAAGCAAAUAAUGAACAAUUGAAAGGUAGCCUUAAAGAAAAUGUAAACUCCGCUGUUCUAGAACAAGUUGGUGCUGCUGUUGAAACUGCAGUUAGUAAUGCUGUAGAUGUUGCUGUCAAGAAGGCAGUACUUGUUGAAAUAGAAAAAUCAGUACCUGAAGCUGUGAAGGAUAUUUUACCAAGUAUGGUAUCUGAAGAAGUCUCGUCAUCAGUACCAGCGAUUGUAGCAGCAACAUUACCGGGCGCAGUUACGGCUGCUGUUACAGAGGCCAUGGUACACGUAAGUGAAAGUCAAGCAGGUGAUGAGGCUACGGAGGUGAAACAGGGCAGUGGUAAAAAUGAGAUUGUUGGCGUUACUGGUUCUGCAUCAGUUAAUAUAUCGCAUGAUGGAGGUGAUACUACUAUGUUUGUACCUGGGAUGCAUUUCUCGGGUGGAUUAAAUGAAACACAGGUUCUGAAGAUAGUUCAAGAUGCCUUAAGAAAAUAUGACGCUGACAAAACUGGCAUGGUUGAUCAUGCAUUAGAAAGUGCUGGAGGAUAUAUAGUCUCAACAAGAUGCACAGAGAGUUACCAGGUACACCAAGCAGAAUUAUGGCUACUGGGAUUCCCAUUCUAUCGCUAUUCUACAAAUAACCCUCGUACUGUCAUUCAGCCAGAAACAAUGCCUGGCCAGUGCUGGGCAUUCAAAGGAUCACAAGGGUACAUUGUAAUUCAGCUUGCUGGAAAUGUAAAACCAACAGGUUUCACUUUGGAACACAUUCCAAAAUCCCUCUCCCCAAACGGGGCUAUUGACUCUGCACCCCGUGGAUUUGAAGUUUGGGGCUUGUUUUCUGAAAAGGAUGAGGGGGUUUUCCUUGGAACUUAUGAGUAUUUAGAAAAUGGUGAACCAUUGCAGUAUUUCCCAGUAGAGACUGAAGUCAGUGAGUAUUUUCCACUAAUAGAGCUGAAAAUCAAUAGCAACCAUGGUAAUCUCCAGUACACGUGUCUUUAUAGGUUUAGAGUGCAUGGCGUUCGUCUUUUGUAGAAGUGAAAACGUAAUGGAACUUUUUGUUUAGUGGCCAAUCUUUUUGAGAAGUUAUUUUCAGUGUUUUAGAGUAUCGAAGUGGCCUUAAAGUUUUAUCCUCCUCAAGGAAGUAUUUUUAACAGUUUAUGUACUGAAAAACACAAAACACUGAAGGUGAUUUUCUGUUCACCUUCUGUAUCGGAGAUUCUGUUUUUACAUAUGUUCUAGUUUCUGCAAAAAAUUAAUGACAAUGCUUUUCAGAUUUGAGUUGAUAUUUUAGCUUCAUGUCUUCUCAGAUGGAUAAAAGGAUGCAUGAAGAUUUGAGUACCUGUUUUAAUAGGAAGGGAGGAACAAUUUCUGUGACAGAAGAAACAAGUGUGUGUAUGGUCUUAUCUCAGCAAGAAGAAUGUAUGAAGUUCCCCUUUUAUGUUUCCUUUUGUUGUGGUUGAAGUUUUCCAUUGCUCUUACGUGCAUUUUUGAUCAGGAAAAUUUUAAUUUUCUUACAUCAUAGGGUUCUCGAAAAAGUAUGAAGUUCUAAAUUAUCAGAAAUCAAAUAUGGGUAGAAGUUCCUUCCAGUCUGUAAAUCUACAGUGCAUGAAUGCUGUCCAAAUGUUGAUAUCAAGUACAAAUGCAUGCAUUUGCACAAAGAGAUAGCUUGACAUGCAUAUAUUUGUACAUAUUGACAAAAUAAAUCAUGGUGCUUUAAUAUGGCCUUUAUAAGUCCAGUUGUCCAGUCAGGAUAUUAACAGAAGCUUCUAGUUUUUAUACUUCAAGCUUACCAGAGAUCUCUAAUAAAAGGAGAUAAGUAGAGUACAGUAAGGAGUAAAUUUUAUAUUUGCCUCAUUCCUUUCAACUCUGCUGGUGUUGAUUUAUUUUUUUCCUUGUAUAAUUUUGGUAAAGGCUGUAACAUUGGUUGUUAACCUGUUGUCAAAGGUUACUUUUGUUUGUACGAUCACAACCGUCAUUGUAAUUUGCCCAGUUUUAGCGAAAUAGACGUUUCGCGACCCAAAGAUGUGUAGAUAGUUUUAUCCUAUUUUUCCUUUUACAGUGAGGUACAGUACAAAGAGAGUAAAUGUUAGUGCUGUAUGUGUAUGUAGAUGUAUGUACUUAUUUUGUACAGGUCUUGGACAUAAAAUGAAUUUUUGUACAUUUAUUAAAAAAGACAGAAGAAUUAUCUAAUGGGGGAGCUGUUGUGUAUGCAUAAGGUGGCUGUGAUGGUCAUAUCUACCCCUUUCAUUUUCUUUUAAUUUUUUUUCUUUUCUUAAUGCUUCCAAAAAUCUUUCUUUUAUUUUCUGUUUGUCUUCUGUCAGCCAAACAAAUAAAUAUGAAAUUUAUUA